AUGACUUUUCGCGCCUCAAAUGAGUGGCGUGAUGAGAUCAGUGGUCUAUUCAACGGGCUGUCCACCCUCUGCACUUUCCGGGGAAAUCAAAGCUGUGGCUUCCACGUCCACAUCUCUCCUUACGGCCAAUAUUGGAGCCUGCCAGAGCUCAAGGGCAUAUGCAAAGCAAUCAUUCGCUUCGAACGCGCAAUGGCUGCCUUGCUCCCACCUCACCGGAAUGGGAGUUAUUGGGCUAAAACCCACAGUAACAAUGUCAAAAAGUUCAUGGGUAAGACUGUGGCUGACUGUAUUAAGCUCAUCCAAGCUUGCAAGAGCAUCGAGGAUUUGGUCAUGCUCAUGAACGAGGGCAACAGGUAUUUCGCUUGGAACUUCAUGAACCUGGAUCAGGAUCAUCUGAAGACCGGUACUAUAGAGUGGCGGCAGCCGGCGGCCAUGACCAGCCAAAGGGGCUGCCUGGCUUGGGUGGAAUUGGCUAUCGCUUUCGUGCUAGCCGCACGAAGAGCCGAUGUCGACUGUACAAAGUAUCCAGGGACAGUUGAAGGCCUCAAAGAGUUUACGUCCAACGGCCUGGUGGAUGGCGUGAGUGACGUGCGUUAUCUCAAUGCGGUCUUCAGCAACAAAACUGGUGCCGCUGCCCUGGUCACGCCGGAGAUACCCAGCACUGCUGAACUAGAGACCAAGGUUAAGGAAGAUCAGAAGAAGAAUCUCAUGUUGAGGAAGUUGAGUGAAAAGUUGGCGGCUGAGGCUGCAGCAAGGAAGGCUGCUGCAAAUGCUGCAAAUGGCAGGGGCAAUGGCGGUCGGAGAUGA